GACCGUGGAUCUAAGACCGUGGAUCCAAGCCAACGGGAAAGGAGGAAAGAAGGCAAUGCUGGGGCCUGACACGCUGUUCCAGCGCUUUGGAGUUAUACCCGUUCUCUGACUGUUCUGUGCGGAGUAUCUGCCGGGCUAUUUAUUAAAGAUAUCGUAUUCUCCCUGGGUCACUUGCCUAGCAUUAUUCAUUCGGACUUUUCCUUGUUUUAAUCACAUAUACAACAACUAUCUCGAUCUUUUAAAACAUUGUCUACACCCACCUAGGUAGUUAUAUUGCUCAGAGUCGGUAUCAUGACGACUCGGACCGAAGAGGAAGAAAUCCUCAGGCAAGGUUGCCAUGCCCUGGUCGAAGGGUUCGGUACCUCAUACGGAUACAAGCCCUCGCUGGGCGCAGGCAUCGCCUUCUGCGUGCUAUUCGGUCUAUCAAUGAUCCUCCAUACAGUACAGCUUGUAUGGAAAAGAUAUUGGUGGUGUGUAGUAUUCACUCUGGGGUGUUUGUGCGAACUUCUCGGCUGGGCUGCUCGAACCUGGGCAGCCGAAUGUCCGUACAAUCCGAAUGCGUUCAUGAUGCAGAUUGCCAUUCUGAUUAUUGCCCCCACCUUCUUUACUGCGGGCGUGUACGUGCUGCUCGGCCGAUUUAUCCAAAUCUUGGGCUCGCAAUCGUCCGUGCUGAGCCCCAAGCUCUACCUCUGGAUCUUCUGCACAUGCGACAUCCUCUCGCUCGUCAUCCAGGCCGUGGGCGGCGGCAUGGCCGCGUCGGCAUACGACACGCUCGACGGCAACACCGCCCCGGGCACCCACAUCAUGGUCGCCGGUAUCGUCUUCCAGAUGGCCUCCAUCACCGUCUUCGUCGCUCUGGCGGCUGACUUUGUCCGCCGGACCCUGCGCCACAGACUCAUCCAGUCGGCCGACGGCUCCUUUGUGCCCCUCCUCGUCGCUAUGGGCUUCUCUGUCGUCUGCAUCUAUAUCCGAAGCAUCUACCGUACCAUCGAGCUCUCCCAGGGCUGGACCGGUUAUCUCAUCACCCACCAGGUCUACUUUGUCGUCCUUGACGGCGUCAUGAUGGUCCUGGCAGUCGUGGUCUUCAACUUCGUCCACCCGGGGUGGUUCAUGCCGAAUGCUAAACGCGUGUACCAAGUGGAGAUGGAACACGCAUAAGAUUAUUUUUUUCUAUUUCAAAUUCCUACUAUUGAUGCAUAUGAUAUACCCGCAAUUUACCUCAACUAUUAGUUUUUUUUAUAGAAAACAAAUUAAACAGACAUGAGAAAAGGAGUACAAGAGUUGCUAUUCAGACGACACUGAAAAAAAAAAUAGUUGCACCUCCAAUUUUAUCCCCACACUCCGAAUAGAAUACAA